CAAAUGCUCCUGGCCAAUGGAAAUUCAGUCAAUAGAGCUUCAGAUUCCUAGCUAACAAAUCUUUCACAACAAACUACAAAUUAUCGUCGUAAAAGGUGUAAUUGUCAAUAGUUGGUUACCUCCAUGUGUUAGCUUUUGUGCCCAGUUUUGCAAACGUUUGUCAUGCUACAUAGAUUCGAAAUUUGGUUCAUUUUUAUCCAAGUUGUUGCAUUUCAAAUGGGAGCUGGAGAUUCCAUAUACGAAGACUUCAAAGUUAAUUGGUGUCGCCAGAGGAAAUGGAGGCUGGAUUGGGAAGGUCUGCAAAAACCUUGUCAGAACCUUCAUUAUAGGAGACACGAUGGACAACAAUAUCAAAGGUUGAAAACUUCUCCAGAAGACAGUGAAAUAUUUGAUUUGCAAAUCCGACCCACAGGGGAAUACAGUCGGUUUUUCGUCCAGUCCCGCACGCAUACUGCCCAGCGGAAGACAUUUGGAGGGGACUCUUGGAGAGUGUACAUUGAAGGACCCUCGCACCUUGCAGGGACCGUGUUUGAUCAUAAUAAUGGAGUAUAUGAGGUUUUGUUUCUGAUAAUGGAGCCUGGAGAGUAUAAAAUCAGAAUGAUUCUGGAUUACACAUUGUGUGAUGGAUUAAUUGAUCCUCCCAUGGACUGGUUUAAAAAUGCUCACUGCUCAGGAAAGUUUCACAACUUUCUCCUGAGCAAGAAUCUCUUUUCAGAAAUGACUGAAUAUAUCAACAAACCUCUGUUGUCUGCUAAAAACAAAAAACUUAUUAUUCCGUGGCAACGCCUCACAAACAUGGAGAUUCAAAAUAACAUGCGCCAAGCUGACAAAGAAUGUGAUAUUCAGUGUAACCUGGUGUGGGACGGCUUCGGUAGAUGGGUGACUGGUUACAAAUGGCUACCCUAUAUGAAUUUUACAACAGAAGAUUUCCCAUCUUUACAAAACAAAUAUAAACGUCAACACGAUCACGCAGUUGGUAAAGGCGUAUUUUGGGUAUACGGUGAUUCGCUGAGUCAUUACUUCUACGAAUCACUCACGUUUCCUACGCCGCGAAGCUUAUGCUUCGAAGUAUUUGAGAAAUGCAAUAACACGUAUAACUGGAUAUACCCAAAAACACUUUACGAAUUGACAGAAACAUGCGCUGAGGCCAACUUGGACGUUCCCAGAGUUUUAAGCUUUUUCCGUCAAGUGCUCUUUAGAAAAGAUAUGGACAAAGACAGUGCGCUGUUUUUAAAUGCUGGAGCUCACUAUGUGAAGACAACAAGUUUCAAAGGCUAUAAAGAGUUCAUCACAGCACUGAUAUCCGAAAUUAAGAGACUGUAUAAGGGUAAAGCAAUCUGGAAAUCGACCACAGCCAUCGAUGUUCAAUCCGCUGACGUUAUGGGCGCCUUCCGCAGAUUUAUAACAAAUCAUAGGAUCCAACUGUACAAUGCGUUCGCAAACUCAGCCAUGUGUGCCGGUGGCAUAAGUGGUCUUGAUGCGUAUGCAAUUAGUGCCUCAUAUCCACCAGGAACGAAGGAUGGCAUACACUACAAUAGCGACGCAUUUUUUCCGGUCAUAGAGCAGUUAGAAACAUAUUUCUCGUUGUCUCAGUUAACGUGAGCGUGAAAAGUAUUUAUAAGUUUAUUCAGAUACCCUCUAAUUAAGAUUCAUACCUACCCCUAACCCUACGGGAGACGGGACCUCCAUUUAUUCGUCCCUAUCCGAAAAGACUAGAAUAUCUAACCAUUUCUUGAUGUUAUAGAAAGGCGGCAUAUUCUCCUCAAUUAUUUUAAGACCUUGAGUGUACCGUCCAAGAGAAUCUCGUCCAAGACUCAGAUCGCUGACUGUCGAAGCAUCUCCAACUCUUUUUGCUUCGAUGAACGUAAUGACCACUAAAGUGGACGGGGCUUUAAGGCGCUAUUCUUGUAAGAUAGGCCAUUCAGUCACCCAUUACUGAAUUUCGCGAACGAAAACCCAUCGAUUUUCGUUUGCCUCGAUGCAGCUUUAAUUGCACCGCGUCAGUACUUUAAACGGAGAAAAUCUACCUUUCUAACUUUUCUUACUACCUCUCUGAUGGAGCUUUUUAUUAACAUAUUUUGAUGAGUCAACUCAGUAGGGACCUUAGUUAUAAAGUAAAUCCACGGGAUUCAGUGGUGUCGACUGGACUGA